AACUGUAAUAAUUUAUAUAGGAAACACAGGAAUAAAACAUCAAGAGUGCCUGUUCAGAAGAGGUGAUGGUCAAGUAUUUGGAACGGAAGUCUGUGUUUCUGAAAUAGCCUGCCAUCGUGGAGAUGAGGUGAAACCCAGGGAGAGAGAGAGACGUCGUGUGUGUCCGAACAGAUGCCCUUAAUGUCUGACACUCCAGAACCCUGCAGACACCUUGGCAAAUUCAUGCAAUCGCAUUCAUUCACACACACACAUGCACCAUGCAUACAUUACACAUAGGCCUGCUUGCUCUGCAGUAGAUGACUUCAUAAACAUUUACAUCACAUAUCUAAAGCAGGGCUAGAGUGACAUGUGGGUCAGAGUCAAUCCUGCCCACAGUUCAGUGCACUGAUAGUUCAGGACAUGCAUACCGCACACACACACACUGCUUCACAUGCACUCCUAGAGGGAGAAAACACAAUGCCAUGCAUUAAAAUUUUAUAUGACAUGACCACAAAUAAGGACAAAAAGCAACGCUGAUAUUGUUGUAAACAAAUCACAGUAAUCCAUAUUCAAAAGGGGAAUCAAAGUCGCAAUAAAUAUGCAAACGCAUCAAAUGACUGACUGGGUUAUUAUUAUGAUUAUGCAUUUCAUGAUCUCAAUCCUAAAAAUGCUUCAUCCACCACGACGUCGUGUACAAUUCAGAGUUGGUGUAUUUCAUUUCACAUGUCAAGCAAAUAUUUUGUUUCAAAAUUGUUUUGCACAAACAGUGUGCCAUGUUCAAUGUGCCAGAGGUGGAGUGGCGGGAAAGAGAGAGAGAGAGCGAGGCUCUUUGCUCUGAAUGACAGAGAGCGCGCGCGCGAGAGAGAGAAAGUCUGAGCGCGCGCGACGGUCACAGCAGACCUGACUGACUGGAGUAUGAAGCUGUGAAGUACACAAACCCAUUAGAAAAGGCGACUUAGAACAGAAGAAAAUAAACAUUCCUCACUGAACACAAACGGAGGAAAGAUGCCGUUUGCCCACACUGAGGUAAUGUGGUUUCAAAAUGAUGGGAAACAGCAUUCCUGUAUUCUGUCACUCUUCAUUUAAGAAAAGACAAUCAAUAUGAUGUCAACUUUGAUGGACACAUUGCAACUUGAAUACACAUCGUCAGCUUGGAUGUACUGUUGCUGUGAGGAAGUGGUGCGAGUGAUUCUGGCUUCUUUUAUCGACUGAGUCUGAAAAAAUUUCAAAGGUUUUUCUGGGUGAAGUUAUGUUUAUUUCAGUGCCUACAAUUCAAUCCUACCAUAAAGGGCUGUAAUUUCCAUUGGUCACUGAACCCAAAGGACAUAAAAAAUCAAGAAGGAAGUCCUUGAGCCCUUCAGCAAUUACCUAAAAUCAAGAGGAUGAGUGACAUGUUCAAACCCAGACCCCUCUAACCUACAAGGCAAAGGACAAUGUGGGAUACUCAGUAAACACAGGCCUUGUGAGUGGAAGCAAAAAAGGACAAGAAAGACCUGUGUACCCCCAAUUACUGUCUACAAAGAUUUUUCAAAAGACAUUGGUUUAAAUUAACUGAAAAGAGAGUGGGGUACAUUGUCUGGAACUAUGGCCGCAGAGAGCCUUGUUGAACUCCGUGAUUGGUUGUUCCUACUUCUCCUGUGUUUGACAUUAUUGGUUGAAGUCCUCGAGUUUGCUGCAGCAACGGCUGCUGCUGCUGAGGCAGCUCUUGGGGAGGCGGAGCUUCAGGGAGACGUGCCAUGUCCCUCUGCUUGCAGGUGUGAUGAUGGCUUCAUUUACUGCAAUGACCGUGGCUUGAGUAUCAUCCCUCCAUUACCACUAACUGCAGCCGUGCUCUACCUGCAAAACAACCGCAUUGACAACGCUGGGCUACCGACAUCCUUAGAACAACGAAUGACUGUCAGAGUAGUUUACCUUUAUGAUAAUGAACUGGAUGAUUUUCCAACACAUCUGCCUCCAUCCCUACGGGAACUUCACCUCCAGGACAAUAAUAUACGAACUUUACCCCGUGCUGCUCUUGCACGUCUCCCCCUGCUGGAGAAGCUUCACAUGGAUGACAAUUCCGUUUCGACCGUAAGUAUCGAAGACAAAGCAUUCGCCAACAAUCCAAGGCUGCGCCUUCUUUUCUUGUCACGCAACCACCUCUCAAGUAUACCAUCGGGACUGCCUGCAUCACUUGAGGAACUCCGGCUAGACGACAAUCGAAUUUCAACUAUUCCAACGCAUGCAUUUCGAGGACUCUCAUCUCUAAGACGUCUCUUCCUCGAUGGCAAUCUAUUGGCGAAUCAACGAAUCGCAGAUGACACAUUCUCACGGCUAUCUAAUCUGACAGAGCUCUCUCUGGUUCGUAAUUCGCUCCAGGCACCACCCUUAAAUCUUCCAAGCAUGCAUCUUCUUCGGCUCAAUUUACAGGACAAUGCCAUAGCCCACAUGACACAAAGUUCCCUGGACGGCAUGCGAAGACUACAGAAACUGGACUUAUCAGGCAACAAUUUAACGACUCUUCCAAGAGGUUUGUUCAAGGACCAAGACAGUCUUUCACAGUUACUUGUCCGAGGAAAUCCCUGGCACUGUGGCUGUAACCUCCGUUGGCUUCAUGACUGGUUGCAUGAGCGAGGUUCAUCAGUGACUGUGAGAGGUUUAACUUGCCAUGGACCAGAGAAAGUAAGAGGUAUGUCACUAAGGGAUCUUACCAAUCAACUGGAAGACUGUGAGAUCAGUAUUGAUGGUGCUGGAGGGAUGGUUGGAAAUGAUGGGGCAAAAAAAGAUAAAGGCAGUUUUCCAAUACAAGCACCAGCUACAACAACCCCUCCACUUCCCCAGGGGUCUCUUUAUACCCUCAGAUCCAGGCGACCAGUACACAAGUAUCCUGAUAUGGGACAGGAUGGUCUUGGAGGCGGAAGUAGCAUUGCUGGUAAAUCAUUAUUAAUCAAUGUGAAACCUCUCUCACCAGAGACAGUCCAUGUUACCUGGCAGGCUGCACAACCGGUUCCUUCCUUCAGGCUUUCCUGGCUGCGACAGGGCAACAAUCCUGCAAUGGGCUCAAUCACAGAAACACUUGUGCCAGGGGAUCGCCGUGAGUAUUUACUCACACAGUUACAGCCCCAGUCAAGCUAUAUUAUAUGCUUGCUGCCUCUCUCUGCAAAUGAUGGUAAAAGAACCUCCUUCACGGCAACAGGAGGAUUUAACAUAAAUACAAACUCAGAACAUGAGCAUCCUGCUUGUGCCAAAACGGAGACAGAUGCCCUACAGCAGCCCAUUUCAGACCAGAACAGUGAUCAAGGAGCUGACCAACUGUCAGCCCUACCACUUGCUGGAAUUAUUGGAGGUGCAACAGCAUUGGUGUCUUUGUUCUUAAUUUUUGGCAUCUUCUGUUGGUAUGGACACCGUGCAGGGUACCUUGAACCAGUUGACAAUUCCAUAUACGGUAGAGAUGUUGUUGGAUCGCGAGGUGCCAGCAAACAUUAUGAUGACUAUGUACAAUCUGGAACCAUAAAAGACACCUCAAUCUUAGAAAUCAGGGCUCACGGUUUUCAAAUGACACCAAUGCCUGCCCAACAGCCUUUGCAGCCCAAGGCAAAUGUUGAGGACAUGACAUACAUCCAUACUAUAUUUCCCCCUAAUAAUACAACUCUUUAUAGGAGCACUAUGAACCACACAGGAAAUCCAGGCUAUGGAACAAAUCGAGGGUACAGAGAAGGGGGAAUACCAGACAUAGAUUACUCAUACACGUGAUAGCCUUUUUAUAUCCCCCUGCCUGUUCUGUUCCUGUCUUCAGGUAAAGCAGUCUGGGCAAGGGUUCUUUCUCCCUAGGUUCCAAAGUAGGGGUGUGCUGAUUCUAUGGGGACUGCAUCCCCCCACCCCUCAUCUGUCAUACUCAAUGUUAUUACUGGAUACUGGAUUUCAAGCAGAUUUUUAUCAAUCUAAAUAUGUAUAUUUAAUAUAACAUAGUUAAAACACCAUUGGAGAAUAAAGAUUAAUGUAAGAUUAAAGGAAUAGUUCACCCAAAAAUGAAACCUAAUUUGAAUCCUCACACUAAUGUCGCUCCAA